AGCAUCAUGUGCUCUGUUCUGGAGAAUGUUUUUUAUUGUAUCAGUGACAAUUGCUCAGUACUGUCACUACCUUUAUUUCAUAAGACAUAUGUAUACCGCCACACUUGGGGAAUUCAUGGAUUGUCUAUCUAUCGUCUUGGCACAUUCCAAGGUGCUUUUUAAGUGCGUUGUGUUUUGGAUAAAUCAGCGAAAAUUCAUCGAAGUCUUGACAAUAAUGCGGGAGGAUUGGAGUGAUUGCGCUAAUGACGCCAUCAGCACACGCGAGACAACGAGCGAAGCAAAAGCGUCGGAACGUAUUACAAAUUUAAUACUCAUUCUUCAUACAAUAACAGUGUCUACCUUCGGCAUUGGUGUCCUUCUGGCCGACGUCGAUGUCACUAAUACAACGGAGUUACCCUUCAUGACUAAGAUAGAAAUUCCCUUCGACAUAGACACGCAACGCACAUACAAAUGUAUUGUUAUGACGGAAUUCUUUUGUAUGUUUAUGUGGGCCUGGUCAUCUGGUGCAAUGAAUUCUUUAUUAUUAAUUCUAGAAUGGGAUCUUUAUUUUCAGACCUUUCAUGUAGCUGGCCAAAUCAAUAUUGUGCGUUGCUGGUUAACGCAGCUUGCACCCUCCAAAGUUGAUAGCAAAAAUGACACGAUCGCUAUCGCAAUGGCUAAAAUUAUUCAAAAACAUAAAAAGAUUAUACGUUUAUCGGAAAAUAUUGAAAGCCUUUUUACAAACAUUGCGUUAAUGCUAUUUGUAUCAAACUCGAUAAUGAUUUGUUUGUCAGCUUUCCAGGUUGUAAUGGCAAUUGGCAGCGUUAACGCAACACAACAAAUAGUGAAAUCUGUUUUUUUUUACAUUAUAACAAACCUCGAAGCCUAUAUAUUCUGUUAUGCUGGAGAACAUGUAAAAAACAAGAGUAAAGAAAUUAGUUUUGCGGCGUACGAUUCUGCAUGGUAUGAUAUGAAAGCUGAAAACAGUCAUGUCCUGUUAUUUAUCAUAUUACGAUCACAAAAACAACUAACGCUUACAGCUGGAAAGAUGAUGGAAUUAUCGUUAAAAACUUUUACAAGUAUUAUGAAUGCUUCGGGGUCAUAUCUAUCAAUGCUAUUGGCGAUGCAAUGAACACUAGAUGAAUUUUUUAGCAACAGUUGAAACGUGUUAUGUGUUAUUCAUACAUCAGUAGUUUUAGAAAUUCACGUUGU